GCUCCUGGGAUUUGCCAUGGCAGGGACAAAGGGCCAAGGCCAGGCAGAAGUGGGGCCUGUGGUGAAUGCAGGUGUCCCAUGGAAUUGAUUGCUGUCAUUUAUUAGUGUUGUUAAAAUAGUUUCCUACCAAAUGGAUUGAAUUUUUGUGGUCUUCAAUGAGUUCUCCUCCCCCAAGUAUAAGACAUUGUUUCCUGCCUCUUUCCCUUUCUGCCUGUAGUUGAAAUUUCCUAACUGCUAACACUGGUAUUCCAAUUAAAAUAUUUGUUGGGAACAAUGGAGCUAAAUUGGGCACAACUUUUUGUAUAGUCUUAUCUUCUCUUGAUUCCAUUUUGUUGUAUAUUUUCUAUUUUCUUUUAAGGAAUCUUGUACAAAUACAGAUUAAAGUGAUGUCCUUUUAAAAAGAUAGAGCAAAGAUUGGCAUUAAUGGUUGCACCUGUAGGGAAGAGAGAUAAGAGCAAACCAAGAGGCAGAACUGACAAAAGGCUGUUGUGAGCACUUGCCUGGCCUGAGGAGUGUUAAGCUUCCUAGACUAAGAGUGAAUGUGAAAGUAAAAAUGGAAUCUCUGAAGUGUGAGCAGAGGAUCACAAAGGUCUCUCUAGCUGAGCUUCUGAGGUGUUUUGAACAUCCUAUAAGUGAAGAGCAAGCCUGGGCUAUCUGCUUUCAGUGUUGCUGUAAAAUGGAGCAGUUGGCUCAAGAGCUGUGCCCAUCACUCCAUUCUGUAUUCAUAAAAGGUUGUGGGAGUGUCUUGAUCCAUGCUGAUGGUACUGCUUCCUUCAAGGUCUACCACAAGUCUGAUAUUGGCAGCAUUCAGCAUUCAGAGGACAAGCUGUUGGAAUACUUGGGAGUGGUGAUCUAUGAAGCCCUGGACUGGGGAAUUGACAGCCAACUGGAGCGACAACUGAGUGGUCCUUUGGAGAAAUUGCUGUGCCUCAUGUUGAAACUGGAUGAUGAGCCAAUGAAACCAGAAGUCACCCUGCAGGAUGUUAUCAAGGCCUGUGAGGAGCACUUGCCCAGGCCUUCUGAGGCUGCCAGACAUUAUGAAAUGACCUGUAGGAAUCUGUUUGCUGAAUAUAUGGAACUUCAAAAGCUUGUGACCAUCAUCCAAACCUCCAAAGAGCGACUGAGAAAAAUGGAUGUGGAAGAUUUGGUGGAAAAUCCCAUUCAAAAGAAGAAAAACUGUGAUGCAUCCCUGUGGCCCAGUGUCAUCAGAGAACUGCAGGCUGGCGUGAGGCUGCGCAAGGCCAGUGAGCGACCACAGCGCUGUGUGCCUCCAAAAGAACGGAUCCGCUCUCCCUUUGAAUUGCUUUUGGAUGAUAUUCAGCACAAGAGAUACACCCUACGGAAGGUGAUUGUUGAGCAAAAACACAAGGACCCCGAAGUUGAUGUAGCUGCUCCCAAGCCUCCUCUAAAGCUGGUGUUGGAGAGGCAGCUGAAAGAGUGUGUGCCAUGUGAGACCAGCUGGCAUGAACGGUCCAUGGUAGAAAUAAAACAACCACAGAAGCUUCAGUCAGCAGCAGCACAGGAAAAAGGGAGCAGGCCCAAAGAAAUGCUUUUGACACCAAAUACAGCCUUGAACUCUCCAAGUGACAGUUUUUUAACUCUCCAAGAUGCCAGUACUGAGUUUAAAGUUGUCAACACUAAAACACAGCAGCUGGGACCAGGAGUUCAGGAAACCACUCUCAAGCUGCCUGACAGCACCUGCCUUUCCUCCAGCAGGUCAUCGCUAGUAUCCUACAACAGCACAGGUCUCACUGCAAAUUCCCUGUGUCCCCCAUGUCCACCCACACUAGGAGACAUUAAACCCAAGAGUUUCCUGAAUACUGGCCAACAGCAACUGCCUCCUUACAGAAGAAGGUCCAAAUCUUUAGAGACAGGCCUUCAAAGCAAGAAACUUGACUGUCUCUUUCCUACCAAGUGGCCAUCACCAACCAUUGCUGAGCUGAUUGGAACCAGAUAUUCAGAGAUGGUGCUGAAAGACUUCUUCCAAAGAGGUGGUGAUGGUGUCUUUCUAAGAGCAAAGAUCUGUUUCAGCUGCCAUAAGCAGAUGUUUCUUAAGUGGCCUUACAACUGUUACCUCUGCAGCAGUGUUGUCUGCUGUGACUGCUGCAUCAAGAUGUCGAUGCCCUUCCGAACGUGUGUACAUCUUCCACUUCACUUCCUAAAACUUUUGAGACUCUCCAGAGAGGACGACCCAGCUACUGAAGAGCAGAAGAGCUCAGAGUUGCUACAUGAAAUAGAGCAUGGGCAGUAUUUUGGUGUACCCGUUAUUUUGGAGCCACGUUGCCUAGCACGGCCUCUGUGCUGUUACACAGGGGCCAUGGCAGACUGGCUGACUGCAGACAUCUGUACUCGCUGUGAGCAGUACCUGAUGAAUGCGGCUUCCUGUCAGCAGCAAAGCAUCCCUCCCAGAAGAACUUCCUGGGCUUAAUCCAAACUGCAAUAACUAUACCAUACAUUUCUCCUGUCACUUGUUCUGUACCUGAAAUAAAUGAAACAGCUUUAUGCACCUAUUGACAUAAAGGCCUGAUUAGAAGACCUCCCUGCUAGUCAGUCUAAGCAGGGAGCACAGUUAGUAUUUCUGUAUUGUGAAGUAUUCUAAAGCUUUGUGGGUUUUGGAACUGUUUUGAUUCUUUUUAUAUUUCUUUGAGGAAAAUAAAUGUU